UUUUCACAGACAGCAGGCAGGAAGAGACCUGCGUACAAACACAAGGCAUGAAGAAAUGAAAGACCUCUGCAGCGCCGGAGUACUGCUGCAGCGCCGAUCCCACCAGAGAAAAAUAAAAAAUACACAUUCACUGUCAAAGCACUGACAUCGAUAUAUAUUUUUUAUUAUUACAAAGCGAGCGACCCCCACCCUGAAGAAAGCAGGGUCAAAGUUCACAGGAAGCUGGGGGGCUGCCAUUUUUCCCUGCUGCUGCUACUGCUAGCCUUUAACGUUAGAUGCUAAAACGACGGGAGGGGCGGCUGGUUUUGGAUUUUGUAGCUAGCUGCUUUCGGUUGAUCGAAAUCCUCACGCAUAAUCUGCCAUUUCUCCGACCUUUGUCGCCAACAACCAUUGUUAUUGGAUGAAUUCGGCAUGGAGAAAGUAGCAGAGCCGUCUUGGACUUCUUCGUACACCUACCAGGUGAGCAAGCACAGUGCGGAGAUGCUACACAACCUCAACAUUCAGAGGAAAGAUGGAGGCAGGUUCUGCGAUGUGAUCCUGCGCGUCGGCGAGGAAAGCUUCCCUGCCCAUAAAGCAGUAUUAGCCGCCUGCAGCGAGUACUUCGAGUCGGUCUUCAGCCGUCAGACUGAGGGCGACGGCGACGCCAAGGAGCUGGAGAUGCAUACGAUCAGCCCGAAAGUUUUUAAAGACAUCCUGGACUUCGCGUACACGUCUAGGAUCGUGGUCCGACUGGAGUGUUUCCCGGAGUUGAUGACAGCUGCCAAAUUUCUUUUGAUGCGCUCGGUUAUUGAGAUAUGUCAGGAGGUUAUCAAACAGUCUAACGUACAAAUCCUCGUCCCGACCUCUCGGGGAGGAGAUGCCAGUCUAUUCCAGGCCACGGGGGCCACGGAGCUCGGUUUCCCGGUGGCUCACCAGGGUCUGGUAAACGGAACGGGAAUGCUGGUGAACGGUCAGAGCUUUGCUAACAGCAUGCAGAUGCAUGUGGACGGAGGUGAAGACGCGGCCGCGAUUCUGGAGGACGGCGGCGAGUCGUCGGUGCCAAUGUUGGAGCCCGUUGAGGGACUGCCAGUCUCCCCAUCCGCGGAAAUAACGGGGAACGCGUUUCCUCACGACGCUGGCUCCCCGGGGUCGAAACGGUGCAGGGGGAGACCAAAGAAAGCUGGCGGAGCCGUGGAGGCUGUUCACUUUAACAACAGCCCCCAGAAAGACAACGGACUGUUUCCCUGUGGGACCUGUGGCAAAGCUUUCACCGAGGCUUCCCGCUUGAAGAACCACGAAGCGCAGCACGGAGCCUCCAGCGGGGCUGUAAACAACCUCAGCGACAGCCUGUCAGCCCCGGCCGGAAUUUCUCUUCUAUCUCAGCCCGGGCUGCUGGAAAACGGCGUGCAGUUACACGGAGGCCUCGCCUUGGACAACGGCCGCAAGAGAGAGAGGACCAGGCGGCACGUCGGCUGUGACAUUUGCGGGAAAGUUUUCCGCGACGUGUACCACCUGAACCGACACAAGCUCUCCCACUCCGGGGAGAAGCCAUACGCCUGCCAUGUGUGCGGGCUCCGGUUCAAACGCAAGGACAGGAUGUCGUACCAUGUGCGCUCCCACGACGGCUCAGUUGGCAAACCCUAUGUGUGCCAAAGCUGCGGUAAAGGGUUUUCAAGACCAGACCACCUGAAUGGACAUAUCAAACAAGUACACACAACAGAGAGACCUCACAAGUGCCAGAUUUGUAAUGCCUCUUUUGCCACAAGAGAUCGUCUCCGCUCUCACCUUGCAUGCCACGAGGACAAAAUCCCCUGCAAAGUUUGCGGCAAGUUCCUGCGAGCUGCCUACAUGACAGACCAUCUCAAGAAACACAGUGAAGGAACUCAUAACUACUGUGGCAUUUGCAACAAAGACCUGUGCGCCAGUCGCCAGCUGCUUCUCACCUCGUCUGAGGCAGAGGGGCGCUUUCAUGGGCUCUCUGGACACCCAGUUCUUCCCCAGCCUGGCCAUUCAACCCUCUGCUUGCAGCCUGAGCUGCUCAUGGGGAAGCCAGGUGGGGCUCCAUAUUUCUGGGAGUGUCGCUCUGGCGGGGUGCCUGGCUUCCCCGUCCAUGGGCCUGUCACAGACGGGCAGGAAAACGCUGGUAAAUGUCCUCACCUGGAAUCGGAAGAAUCAGAUCCUUCAUUCGGGGAUUUGUCCAACAGCGAAGAGCUUAAAUCUCCACACAAAACCAACGGACCAGAACUCGAGAUGCCCUCUUUGCCCUGCAAUGGCGCCUCUGCGGGGGCUUUGGUCUCUCCAGAGGCAUCUAAAGCCAAGACAGACCCUGAGAAGAAAUUUAUCUGCGGGAUCUGUGGUCAGGCUUUCCGCACAAAGUCCUACCUCAACAAGCACCAGCACAGAGUUCACAAAGCCCAGAAGGUCCAGGGCGUUUCGGGGUCCAGCUUGAGUGAUAUAGCCCCUUCCCUGACGUCUCCCUUCUCCCCUCAACAAAACAUGUCUCUGCUCGAGUCCUUUGGCUUUCAGAUAGUUCAAUCAGCUUUUGCCUCUUCACUGGUGGACGCUGAGGUGGGUCAAAGUGGAAUUGAUUUUGGAGGAAAGUGACCUUUUUUGCUUGAGGCUUUACAAGUUGCAGGAAAGCCACUUUUUCUUAGGACAAAGCUGGGUUGCCCACAGAAGAUACUCUGUAUUUGGGAAUAUCUUUGCCUCAAGACUACUUUUUUUUUUUUUUUGUCAUGUUGGUUAAUGUGUAUCCAAUAUUUUUGUGAAAGACUGCCAUAUAAUUCCUACCUUUUCUACUUUUCCAGAUUAUGUAUGUGUCUGGCAUUUUGCUUUAUAAAGAAAUUACGUGAAGGCUUUAUUUCCUUUAAUCGCUAGGGAUGUGUCGAAGUUCUGUUUUCUUUAAAGCCCUUUUCAGACCCUGAUUAUAUUUAUCAGUUUGUUAAAGUGAUGGCAAUCAGACAAUUCAGACAUGGGUCACUUUAACAUUAAUGUUCCUAUGACAGAGAGCCAUUUGGUGUAAAGACUCAGCCCACUGUUUCCCGUAAGUAGAUUUUUGUGCUUGUGGCAUUAAGUAUUGCUGUUAUUGAGUAAUUAACCACACUCCUUAUUAGAAGCAAGGUCUCUCUUGUGGAAUUCAUGAUGGAUAAACGCUUGUAGGUCUGACCUAACGAGUUUGGUAAUUGUUAAAGAAAAGUGACCAAGACAUUGAGUCAAAGGAGCGCACGUCUGAAAAGGGCUUUCAGCUUUUAUGUGUGAUUUACCAAUCACAGUUAAAUCCCCAUGUUUGAGAUGAAUUCUGUACUGCAUCGUUAAAACGUAAAGUAAUCUUUGUCCUUUUGCUCACUUCACCUACUCUGGUGUACUUGGUUAAUAGACCCAUGGCCAUCACAGUGAAUUUUUAAUGCUUUAUAUCCUUACGCUCCCCUGAAGUCUUUAAACAGAUGUCUUUACCUCAGAGCAACAAGAGGGCUAAAUUCUGUAUUCAUUACCUUACUUACUACCUUUAAGAGAGGACUUUUUUUUUUUUUUCUUAAGUAAAGAGAUUUAAUUUGGCUUAAAGUUUGCUAGCAGGGCUUUUUUUAAUCUGUUAAAUGCUAAAGAAGAAAUAUUAAUAACAGGCUUGAUGUGCAUUUCAUGCUGUUUCUUUUCCUUUUUUUUUUUUUGCUUCCAGUGUGUCAAGUGUCAGUUCUUAUGCCAGUGAGUAGGACUGGUAGGUGUUAGGAAGCACUUAAAAAGCCCUUUGUUAUGUGUUGAGUUGAAUUAUUUGUGAAAUGUUCCUUUAAGGAGAGGGAAGCCAUUUAUUGUUGUGAUCUUCACAGUGUACCUGAAUGCUUUUCCUAUGAGAUUUUUUUUUUCUUUUUCUUUUUAACAUAUUUGGAUGCAAAAUCUGUCUUGAAUCGUCAUAAGCUUGUUAGCGUUGAGGUUUGUUUUCCUGCUACAUGGACAGCGUUUCCCAGUCUUGUUUUUUUUAGGUGUUAAAUCAGUUGUGUAAAUGAAACAGGGACCAAGGUCAGGUAUAUUUUCGGUAUAUAUUUUGAGAAAUGUAGAUUAUAUUUUAUUAACUUAUUAAUGCCCUUGAUUUUGUGUAGUUCUUUUUUCCCCCUUUCAUUGUGUGAAAACAAAAAUCUUGU